AUGGCAAUUUUUCGGCAAACGAUUUUAAAUUUUUAUAUCAUAGCAAUUGCGCUAUGUAAUUCAUCGCUUAUUGGUCUUCUUGAACUUCCACCUCGACCACGUUCAAUUGACAAUUUUCAAUUACCUUCACCGGAAAAGUUAAAUUUUCCGGAUUCGAGCGCCGAAUUAUGUGCUUUAUCGAAAACUCUCCGAGUCAGCGCGGAAUGUCGUAAUGGUGUAUCGAAAAUUUUUUGCUCAUUAGCCGAUUUAAUUGAAGCACAAUCGUCGUCGUGCGAUUCGUCAAAUGGAUUUGAAACGUGUGAAAAAUGUUAUUUGAAUGCCGAAAAAUUAAUUAAAGAUAAUUUUUGGAGCGUAAAAUAUCCUCAGGAAAUCGUUUUCUUCGAAGAAAUCGUUUUUCGAUUUUUUAGAAGUGGUAUAUUUGAUGGAAAAUAUUGUCGAAUUCAGUUGAAAAUUCCCGAUUCUGAAACGAGGAAUAAAACGUGUCGACAAACUAAUUUUAUGCAAAUUCAUCUUGGAAUUUGUGUUCCAUAUCAAUGCUCAACAGAUGAAAUCGAAUUUUUAUCGCAUUUAAUUUUUCCAUAUUCUUUAAAUGUUCGUUGUGAAUCACCUUUACAAUGGUCAUUACUUUCGCAGAUAUUUUUGUCUGUUAUUGUAAUUUGGAUAUUGAUCUUAAUUUCUGGUACUCUUAUCGAUAUCAGUGAUGGUUAUUUUCAGAAGAACGGCUUACUACUAGGUAUCGCUGAAUGUUUGUCGGUAGUAAGAAAUGGCUCGGACGCACUCAGUAUCAAACGACAGUGUAAUUUUCAUGCGAUUCAGGGAAUACAAGUUAUAAGCACUAUUGUCAUUAUUACCGCAAAUUCUUACUAUUAUAUGAUGCCGUUUAUUGAAAAUAUAUUUUUUUCUUAUGAAAAUGUUCAUUCUUCAUUAUUCCAUCCAUUGAAUAAUUUCUCUUAUCAUAUUGAUGCAAUUAUUGCAUUAAAUGCCUUAUAUUCUUCAAUAGCCUUGAUAAAAAUUAUUCGCACAACUGAUGAUAUUAAGCUUUCAUAUUGCAAACGACUUUCUCAAGUAUUACCUUUAUUAUUUUUUGUUAUCGCUUUUAUGACGUUAAUCUUCGAAAAAUUAUCAUCUGGUCCAUUAUGGAUUCAUGGCGAAAUGAUUAAACGAUGUAAUAAGUCAUGGUGGAAAAAUAUUCUUUUUAUUAAUAAUCUUUUUACAGUUACACAAACGUGUAUCGACCAUGGUUAUCUAUUCGCACUUGAAGCGCAAUUUUUUAUUGCUUUAGGCCCUUUAGUAUAUUUGGCGCUUCGUUAUUUGAAAAUGGUAAUAAUCUGUUCCGUGCUAGCACUUUUCGGUUUCAUAUUUUAUAUUUUUUAUAUUUCCUAUAAUCUUGCGCUACCUCCAACUUUAAUGCUCACUGAACCAUUGAUCACAUCGAAUGUCUAUGAAUUAUACCUUGAUACUCUUUAUAUUCGACCAUGGACAAGAGCUCCAGCUUUCAUCAUCGGAUUUCUUUUCUCAUUUUUGCUAAUAAAGAGAAUCAAAAGCAGUAGAUUGAUAUCAAGCAUUUUGUGGUCACUGAUUUUUUUGGUUUGUGUUUGGGUGAUUUUUUUCCUUUAUUGGCAUCCACUUGAAUAUCCAUCAGUGGCUCUUUCGAUUUAUUCAGCUAUUCAUCGAUCACUUUGGUCAUUGGCUAUUUGUUUAAUCAUUUAUCUUUGUUCCAAUGAUUUUGGAGGGCAACUGGCAACUUUUUUGGAAUGGCGUCUUUUUGUUCCUCUAGCAAAACUUAUUUAUCCAGUUAUUUUGAUAUCCGAACCAGUUCUGUUAUAUUUAUUUACGUCUUUAGAUCGACCUUUGCAUGCAACUCAUUGGUCUACGCUUUAUAUUGCCUUGGGCACAAUUAUUUUAUCAUAUAUGAUAUCAUUUGCUAUUGAUAUUGUUAUUUCAAGGCCGAUUUAUAAAGUUAUUGCAUUUUUUAUUCCUCAAUUCCGGUCGAAAACUAUAGAAUCCGUUGUGGCCGCUGAAUCAAAAAUCUAA